UUUCUCGAGUAGAAUUAAACCCCCAGCGCCUAAGCAUUUUCCUUUCACCAAAUUAGUUCUCACCUGUUGAUUUUUCAGAACAUUAUUUACUCGUUUGACACCUACUAUGCUAAUCGACUUACAAUCCUUUUUGGAUCUUGGCUUUAUCCUUUUUACUCCAACUUGCCCGAAUGGAUGUUUCGCAUAUCGUUUUUUAUAACCUACUAUACGAUGAUGUCUGAUUUUUUGGCAACAAUUAUUAUUCUUAUAAAUCGUUGGACAGCUGUAGAAAUGGCAUUGAAAUAUGAUAGGCUUUGGAAGAAAUUGUUACUUCCAUCAGCUAUAAUAAUCUAUGGGAUUCCCACCUUAUUGUAUGCUCAAGUACUCACGAUUAAAAGCUAUUUAAAAAAUGACACAAGUGAUCCAACUAAAUUUGCUUUUUAUCUUGCACAAGGAUUUAAUCCAAUCUACGACGCUUUUCCAUUAAACUUUAGCUUUUGUGUUAUUUUUAUGAUAAUUUGUUUUAUCAUAAAUAUUGGCACCUUUAUUUCAUAUAGACGUCAAAGAACCAGGAAUGUAGCAAGCAAAAGUACCCAACAAAUAAAUCAUGAAAGAGUGGAGUUUAAAUUGCUACUCUAUGCAAUUCUUACAUUCUUAGGACACGUUGUUUUGGCCCUUAAUCAAGUUAUAAUAUUCUUAAUAGCAAACACACAAGGAUUUGAUCUUAAUGCCAUUUAUACCCAAUCUCGCGGGUCUGUGAUAGUGCCAAGUUGGCUUCUUUUCUGGGCUAGUGACAAACUUAGAAAGAAAAUGAUCGAUGAUUUUUGGAGAAAAUGGAUAAAUUUGUUGACUAAUGCAGGAUCUAUAGCGAGUGACACAACACUUGUAAUGUCACAAAGUGCUAAUAGAAUACAACAAAAUUCUCAAAAGGGGGCAAGAGUGGCACCUAGUGGAGAGCCGAUAACACCGAUAACAUAA